CCAUCCUCAGCCCCUCCAAAUCCCAAUAAUUUCCCAAAUUUUCUCCGUUUCCCAUUUAGGUUAUAGGCCAAUUAGGCAUUUAGAUUUUAGGACAAAAGGUCUAAUUUUACUUUUGUACAACAUUCUACCCACCAAAACCAAACCAAACCCCUCCUUUCCCUUUUGGCUGGCUAAUCAAACACAACGAACACAUAUAGUAUUCGUUGAACAGCUCCACAAAGGCGCAAUUUUUGUGCUUCUCUCUCUCUCUCUCUCUCUGUAUCUGUGUGUGAAGUCUAGGGUUAGGGUUUGGACUAGCGGUGUCGGUGGCUGAAGCGAUGGCGGUCUCGACGACGAGCUUCUCCGGUGUCAAAUUGGAGGCUACGUUCCUGAAAUCUUCGCCGGCGUCGUCGUGGGCCUCGCCUUCAUCUCAGCUUCCGAUUCUCCGGAAGCUCAUUCGGGGAAAAAAACCGCUAAUUCAGAGAGGAGUGAGGUGCGAGGUCGCUGCCUCCGAUGCUCUGGUUCAGACCGAUAAGCUCUCCGCUCUCGAGCAGCUCAAGACCUCCGCUGCUGACCGAUAUACAAAAGAAAGGAGUAGCAUUGUGGUAAUUGGGCUUAGUGUUCACACUACUCCUGUUGAAAUGCGUGAAAAACUUGCCAUUCCAGAAGCAGAAUGGCCUCGAGCCAUUGGGGAGCUGUGUAGUUUAAAUCAUAUAGAAGAAGCUGCUGUUCUUAGCACCUGCAAUAGAAUGGAGAUAUAUCUUGUAGCUCUUUCUCAGCAUCGUGGUGUCAAAGAAGUGACUGAAUGGAUGUCAAAGACAAGUGGGAUCCCUGUUUCUGAACUUUGCCAACAUCGGUUUUUGCUUUAUAACAAAGAUGCUACACAGCAUAUUUUUGAAGUAUCAGCAGGUCUCGAUUCUCUUGUCCUUGGAGAAGGUCAGAUUCUUGCUCAGGUUAAACAAGUUGUCAAAGUUGGGCAAGGAGUCAUGGGCUUUGGUAGGAACAUUAGUGGGUUGUUCAAGCAUGCUAUAACAGUCGGAAAGCGUGUUAGGACUGAGACUAACAUUGCGGCUGGGGCGGUUUCUGUUAGCUCUGCUGCUGUCGAACUGGCCUUAAUGAAGCUCCCUGACUCCUCGAAUGCUACUGCUAAAAUGUUGGUAGUUGGAGCAGGUAAGAUGGGGAAGCUUGUGAUCAAGCACUUGGCAGCAAAAGGUUGCACACAGAUGGUGGUUGUAAAUAGAACUGAGGAGAGAGUUGCAGCCAUCCGUGAAGAGUUGAAGGGUGUCGAGAUAAUAUACAAACCCCUCACAGAAAUGCUGACUUGCGCUGCCGAAGCAGAUGUUGUGUUCACUAGCACAGCAUCAGAAACCCCACUGUUUUUAAAAGAGCAUGUUAAGGACCUUCCCUCUGUUGGUCCUGAAGUUGGGGGUUUGAGGCUUUUCAUUGAUAUAUCUGUUCCUCGUAACGUCGGCUCAUGCAUCACAGAUCUUGAAAAUGUGCGAGUUUACAAUGUUGAUGACCUUAAGGAGGUAGUGGCUGCUAAUAAAGAGGAUCGCCUUCGGAAAGCAAUGGAAGCACAAGCUAUUAUAGCUGAGGAAUCAAAACAAUUUGAAGCAUGGAGGGAUUCAUUGGAGACCGUUCCUACCAUUAAGAAAUUGAGGGCUUAUGCUGAAAGAAUCAGAAUGGCGGAGCUAGAAAAAUGCUUGUCAAAGAUGGGUGAUGAUAUUCCAAAGAAAACAAGGAAAGCUGUGGAGGAUCUUAGCCGAGGAAUCGUGAACAAGCUCCUUCAUGGGCCAAUGCAGCAUCUGAGAUGUGAUGGGAGUGACAGCCGGACCCUGAGUGAGACCCUUGAGAAUAUGCAUGCUCUUAAUAGAAUGUUCAGCCUCGACACAGAGAUAUCUGUGUUAGAACAGAAGCUUCGAGCCAAGGUUGAAAACCAGAAGUAAGCUCCCUCGUCAAAUUUCAUUAACGACACACUUCUUUCUUUACUUCCUCAAAAUUGAAUAAGAGGAAAUUUUCCUCCCCUUGUCAUUAGAGUGUUGGCACUGUUGUUGUAAACUUGUAAUCUUCAAUUGGAUAGAUAAAUGGUCUAUCAAUUUUUUCAUUGGUGUAAGACACUUGGGCCUAACUGUUAUUUGAGGUUCCUUCUUGCGUCUGUGCCCUGUUUCUAGCGGCCAUUCGGCUCUGUAGGAUACUAGUUGAGCAAAUUAUAAGGUGAGCUUAAUCCAUGUAAUGAUUGUUUUCUCCAUAGAGUCUAUGGUCUGUAUCUUGAAUACAGUUAAUCCUUGUAAUUAAUGUACCUGAUUAUUUCAAUAUGGAGAUGAGCUUGUAACUA